CCCGUCGAAAGUUGAAGAAAAAAGGUAUACAGGUUCUCCUCUCGCGAUACUUGCGAGCGGCCAUCUUGUUCCUGCCCCUGACCGAUUCUCCGGUCAGGGUCACAGGGACGCUAAGACUGCUGCCUGGACCUUCGCUGACCAUGCUGUCCCGAGUGGUACUUUCUGCCUCCGCCGCAGCGGCCGCCUCUCUGAAGAACUCAGCCCUUCUAGGUCCAGGGGUGUUACAGGCAACAAGGAUCUUUCAUACUGGACAGCCAAGUCUUGCCCCUCUACCACCUCUUCCUGAAUAUGGAGGAAAAGUUCGUUUUGGUCUGAUCCCUGAGGAAUUCUUCCAGUUUCUUUAUCCUAAAACUGGUGUAACAGGACCCUAUGUGCUCGGAACCGGACUUAUCUUGUAUGCUCUAUCCAAAGAAAUAUAUGUGAUUACCCCAGAGACCUUCUCUACCAUAUCAAUAGUAGGAUUAUUUGUCUAUAUAGUUAAAAAAUAUGGUGCCUCUAUUGGAGAAUUUGCUGAUAAACUCAAUGAGCAAAAACUUGCCCAGCUAGAAGAGGUGAAGCAAUCUUCCAUCAAACAAAUCCAGGAUGCUAUUGAUAUGGAGAAGUCACAGCAGGCCCUGGUUCAGAAGCGGCACUACCUUUUUGAUGUCCAGAGGAAUAACAUCGCUAUGGCCUUGGAGCUUACUUACCGGGACCGACUACAUAGAGUAUAUAAGGAGGUGAAGAAUCGCCUGGACUAUCACUUAUCUGUGCAGAAUAUGAUGCGUCGAAAGGAACAGGAGCACAUGAUAAACUGGGUAGAGAAGCACGUGGUACAGAGCAUCUCUGCACAGCAGGAAAAGGAGACAAUUGCCAAGUGCAUUGCAGAUCUAAAGCUGCUCGCAAAGAAGGCGAAAGCACAGCCAGUUCUGUAAAUGGAUCUUUCCCAAUUGAGACAACUAGAAACAAUUAAAGGAAACUAGUCAGUGUGACAAAAUCUUUCCACAUUUCUGUCUAUACUGAAGUUACAGUUUACCUUUCCUAAACAGGAAAAGUUUGCGUUUUCAUAUAGUGAAAGAACUAAAUCUAUUGGCCAGUUAGAUGUUUCUCACCCUUUCUAUUAUGUGUUUUGAGUUGUUACGUAAUUAAUUUUGAAUAAAAGAUUUGCUUUUGUUAAAAUGUGCUGCCUAACUAAAGGUUACCAAGUUAUGAUUUAAAUUUGUAAUUCCACCAUCUUGCAAUAAAAUGACAAUUGGAACAAGGUU